CUGGGAUUCUUUGUGUUUCUUAACAAGAUUUCCUGCUUUUGUCCUUGUCUUUACUUCUCCUUUUCACAGAUGCCUCUCCCUUUCUGAGUUUCUUGGCCAUUUGGUGCACGGUGCAUCUGGUGUACAAACCACACUACCAUAGUGAUUCAUAUUCUCCCACAUUUUAUUCCACUUUCACAUCACCAAAUUGGCUAUAAAUAGACAUUUUCAUUGUUGUUUUUCUACAUCACAGCAUAUUACACUCCUGGGGGGUUAUUGCAUAUAUUCACAAGUGCCUCUUAACUUUCAAUAUGAGCCACUCACAUUCUAAUAUCAGCUCUGGCAGUAGAUCAUCAGCAAGAAGGCCAUUAGAAUUUGGAAGGACACAUGUUGUGAGGCCCAAAGGAAAACACCAGGCCACCAUUGUUUGGUUGCAUGGCCUUGGUGAUAAUGGCUCUAGCUCUUCUCAGCUCCUGGAAACCCUUCAUCUUCCAAACAUCAAAUGGAUUUGUCCAACCGCUCCAACUCGACCGGUAUCUCUACUCGGAGGCUUUCCUUGCACUGCAUGGUUUGAUGUGGGAGAGUUUUCAGAAGAAGGUCCAGAUGAUUGGGAAGGUCUCGAUGCCUCAGCUGCCCAUAUUGUAAACUUACUGUCUGCAGAGCCAUCUGAUGUAAAAGUUGGGAUUGGAGGGUUCAGUAUGGGAGCUGCAAUGGCACUUUACUCUGCAACUUGCUGUGCUCUUGGAAAGUAUGGAAAUGGAGUCCCAUACCCCAUCUACCUAAGGGCGGUUGUUGGGCUUAGUGGCUGGCUUCCUGGGUCAAGGGGCUUAAGGAAUAAAUUUGAAGCAUCACACGAGGCUACAAGGCGAGCAGCAUCGAUUCCUAUCUUACAGUUUCAUGGAACAGCUGAUGAGAUAGUACCUAUGAAGUACGGAGAGAAAUCAGCGCAGUCGUUGAGCACAGCUGGGUUUAGAACCCUAAUUUUCAAAAGCCAAGAAGGGCUCGGACAUUACACGGUCCCGAAAGAGAUGAACGAAGUGUGCAGUUGGCUGAACUCGAGGCUGGGACUUGAGGGCUAUCGCUAAACGUUCUUCCAUACUCAAUUUUCAACUGUAGUAGCUGAUAACAAAGAGGACGCUUGUGCUUUUGGUUUGAGUAGGCUAUAAGUUUUGUACGUGUUCUUAAUUUUAUAGUACUGAUAAUUGGGUUAUUUCUGA